GGCCUCCCAAAACCCCCACUUGUGCUCUUACUUAUCUCUAUGGGCCUCACUUUAUAUAUUUAAAAGUGCCUAUUUGCCCUUCUCUGGUUCAUUUGCAUGGUUGUCUCUGGCCUCAGAAGAGAACCAUAACCCCACCUUGAAGCUGCAGUGUUUCUGUUUGACACCAGCCCAUCGGUGAGCUCUCCCACCCUCUGACAGGCUGACACCCUAUCCUCCACCCCUCCUGAGCCAACUUUUCCUCCAUGACCUCCACUUACUGCACGGCCCCAGUUACCCUCUCUGCUUAUAGCCCUUCCUCCCCCCAUAGGCCUUACCUCUACAACACCUCUUUUUCAAAGGCUUUUGGCCUUUAGUCUGUCCUUCCUGUUAUCUUCUUGCCUCUGUGACUCCCUUGUAUCUCUCCUACUGUGCCCACUUCUUCCCAGGACAGUGCUUUGCCUACCUUGUUCCUUGCUUUCUCCACUGGUGACUUGUGCCUGUGGGAAAGGAGUUGAGGAUGUGGGAAAGGGGGAGGAGAGAGGAGUGGAGGAAAAGCAGAAGAGGAAAGUGAAAGAAGACUUAAAGGAAACCACAGGGCUUGUGGGUAAGGAGGUUCAUUGCCAUGGUAACCCAUGGUUAUGGGGGAAGGGUAGAAGGUCCUGGCUGACCCAUAGCUUGGUGCUAGCAGGAGCCCACCCAGAGAAGGAGCCCCUCUUCUCCAGUUGCCUCCUCCUGCCAUGCUCCUAGGAUCCACCUGACAUUAUGGAGCACCUGCUAGAAGAUGGGCACUUGGCUAUGUUUAGUGGCUUCAGCAGGGAUCCUAAGAGCCAGUCCCUGCUGCCAAGGGGUGCCUCUUCUGGUAUGGAGCACAGCUCUUAUGAACACAGACCUAAUGUCCAGGUUCCUCUCAAAGCUCCCUAUGUUCAAGUGUGGGCCAGUGACCAAUCCUAUUUAUAUUUUCCACAGCCCAUUCUUACAGGCUUCAUCCUGCUUGGCCUCCAGCUGCUGUUACUACUGUGUUCUGCUUCUUUGCUCUCCUCUCUCCACUCUUUCCCAGUCUCUACUACUGUCUUGGCUCCUCCGCCCUCCGUUGCAUUCUCCAAGCCUGGCUCCGUGCCUCUCUCUCCAGCUUUCCAACUGUCUGAACCUUGCACUUCUCAAAGCCAUUCCACCUGCCUCCAUUACUUUUUACUCCUAGUGAUUUUUUUUUUAAAUUUUAAAAAUACCAUUAUUUUAUUAAUUUUUAUGUGGUGCUGAGGUUCGAACCCAGUGCUUUGACAUGUGAGACGAGCACUGUACCACUGAGCCACAACCCAGUUCCUACUCCUAGUAAUUCUUUAUCGUAUACUUUUUAUGUGCCACGUACUCUUGUAAGCAAUUGAUAUGAAUUAUUUAAUUCUCACCAUGAUCCUAGAGUCCCACUUGACAGAUGAGAAAGCUGCCAUAGGGAGGGUUAAGGAACUUAGCUAAGGGAAUUUCUACGUACUAGUAAGGGAGAACAGGACAGUUUGGUUCCAGAGCCCAUGGAGUUAAGCUCACUAAGAUACUGUGGUCCCUGGGUUUUCAAAAUGAUCAACAGUCUCUAACUUCCUCCUCUCUACAGUACUUUCUGCCCCCAUAGUCCUUCCCAUUUUAUUCCUUCCCAUAUGAGGAAGUGAAGAGAUCAUCAAUUGUGGAGGAAGGCUGGGCAACCACUUACUAGUUGCCUGCUCUUGAGCAAAGUUCUUUACUUCUUGCCUCCAGGCCUCAAUCUCUGCAUCUGUAAGAUUGGUGUGUGGGGUGGGGUAGGGGUACUAACACCUAGCUAAUGAGGUUGCUGUGAUCAUUAACUCUAACUUGGUGGUCCAGCACCUGACAAUAGAUGAGCUUUCUUUUUCCAGAUCUCUGCCUCAUUCAUGCUCUUGGCCCAGCCCUAACCCUGUCUGCUCCACCUUCUUCUAGAUCAGCCAUCCCUAAGACUCCCCCACCCCAGGGCGUGUCACUUCCUCCUCUGCAGCCUCCAGAUCAGUACACAAAGGCUGCUGCUGCCAUCAAAGGAAGGCUGCUCUGCACGCACCUAUGUGGAAACUGAGGCCCAGAGAGAAAGCCUGACGUGCCAUACAGCCAGCCAUGGUGGUUUUGUCGGUGGCUCUUGUUUUCCUACUGGCCCUGGGCAGAGGUGAAAGUGAAGUGGACAUCAAGAGCCCAUUCCCAAGGGAAGCCACAAAAUUGGGGGAUCCUGACCUGUCUCUGCCAGGGUCUUGCCAGCCAGCCCCCUCCUGCAAGAAGUGCAUCUUCUCACACCCUAGCUGUGCAUGGUGCAAGCAACUGAACUUCACCGCCUCGGGCGAGGCUGAGUCGCGACGCUGUGCUCGGCGAGAGGAGCUGCUGGCUCGGGGCUGCCCGCCGGAGGAGCUGGAGGAGCCCCGUGGCCGGCAGGAGGUGCUACAGGACAAGCCGCUCAGCCAGGGCAACCGCGGCGAGGGGGCCACCCAGCUGGCGCCGCAGCGGGUCCGGGUCGUGCUGCGGCCGGGGGAGCCCCAGCGACUUCGGGUCCGCUUCCUCCGGGCCGCGGGUUAUCCGGUGGACCUGUACUAUCUCAUGGACUUGAGCUACUCGAUGAAGGACGACCUGGAACGCGUGCGCCAACUCGGGCACGCCCUGCUGGUCCGGCUGCAGGAGGUCACCCAUUCGGUCCGCAUAGGUUUCGGCUCCUUUGUGGACAAAACAGUGCUUCCCUUUGUGAGCACUGUGCCCUCCAAGCUGCGCCACCCCUGCCCCAGCCGAAUGGAGCGCUGCCAGCCACCUUUCAGUUUUCACCAUGUGCUGUCCCUGACAGGGGAUGCUCAAGCCUUUGAGCGGGAGGUGGGGAGACAGAAUGUGUCUGGCAACCUGGACUCACCUGAAGGUGGCUUUGAUGCCAUUCUUCAGGCUGCCCUCUGCCAGGAGCAGAUUGGCUGGAGAAAUGUGUCCCGGCUCUUGGUGUUCACUUCAGAUGACACAUUUCACACAGCUGGGGAUGGAAAGUUAGGUGGAAUUUUCAUGCCCAGUGAUGGACACUGCCACUUGGACAGCAAUGGCCUCUACAGUCGCAGCCCAGAAUUUGACUACCCUUCUGUGGGUCAGGUAGCUCAGGCCCUUUCUGCAGCAAACAUACAGCCCAUCUUUGCUGUCACCAGUGCGACACUGCCCAUCUACCAGGAGCUGAGUCAGCUGAUUCCCAAGUCUGCAGUGGGCGAGCUGAGUGAGGACUCCAGCAAUGUGGUGCAGCUCAUCAUGGAUGCUUAUGAUAGCCUGUCAUCCACUGUGACCCUGGAACACUUUUCACUCCCUCCUGGGGUCAAUAUCUCUUAUGAAUCCCAGUGUGGAGGUUCUGAGAAGAGUGAAGUUGAGGCUGGGGACCGUGGACAGUGCAACAAUGUCCGAAUUAACCAGAUGGUGAAUUUCUGGGUUACCCUCCAAGCUAAUAACUGCCUCCCAGAGCCCCAGUUCCUGAGGCUCCGAGCACUUGGCUUCUCUGAGGAGCUGACUAUGGAGCUGCACACGCUGUGUGACUGUAACUGCAGUGAUACCCAGCCCCAGGCUCCCCACUGCAGCGAUGGCCAGGGAGACCUUCAGUGUGGAAUAUGCAGCUGUGCCUCUGGCCGCCUGGGUCGACUCUGUGAGUGUUCUGAGGCUGAGCUGUUCUCCCCGGAUCUGGAAUCUGGGUGCCGGGCCCCCAAUGGGACAGGACCCCUAUGCAGUGGGAAGGGUCGGUGCCAAUGUGGACGAUGCAGCUGUAGUGGACAGAGUUCUGGGCGUCUGUGCGAGUGUGAUGAUGCCAGCUGUGAGCGACAUGAGGGCAUCCUUUGUGGAGGCUUUGGCCGCUGCCAAUGUGGAGUAUGUCACUGUCAUGCCAAUCGCACGGGCAGAGCAUGUGAGUGCAGUGGGGACAUGGACAGUUGUGUCAGUCCUGAGGGAGAGCUCUGCAGUGGGCAUGGACACUGCAAAUGCAAUCGCUGCCAGUGCUUGGAUGGCUACUAUGGUGCUCUGUGUGACCAGUGCCCAGGCUGCAAGACACCAUGUGAGAGAUACAGGGACUGUGCAGAGUGUGGGGCCUUUGGGACAGGCCCCCUGGCUGCCAACUGCAGCAUGGCUUGUGCCCAUGCCAACGUGACUCUGGCUUUGACCCCUAUCUUGGAUGAUGGCUGGUGCAAAGAAAGGACACUAGACAACCAGCUGUUCUUCUUCCUGGUGGAGGAUGAAGCUGGAGGCAAAGUGACGCUUAGAGUGAAACCCCAAGAGAAGGGAGCAGACCAAACUCAGACCAUUGUGCUGGGCUGUGUAGGGGGCAUCGUGGCAGUGGGACUGGGGCUGGUCCUGGCUUAUCGGCUUUCAGUGGAAAUCUAUGACCGUCGGGAAUAUAGUCGCUUUGAGAAGGAGCGGCAGCAACUCAACUGGAAGGAGGACAACAAUCCUCUCUACAAAAGUGCCAUCACAACUACUAUCAAUCCCCGCUUCGAAGGGGCUGAUGGUCCCAUUCUCUGAGGGGGAAGGAGUCUCACCCAGGGCUCUUGUCUCUAGGAUAACAGUGGGAAUUGGGGAAGGGGGUAGCUAUCAGGCAGCAAUCUAAGGAACUAAUCCGCUGGUGAGGAGUGGUCGCCACCCAACUUCAUUUUCAGAGUGAUACUCAGAGGGCUGCUCCUACUGCUGUGACUUUGUUUUCCACCUCAAAAAAAGCAACCAUACCCAACCUAAGUAUACAAUAAAGUCUUACCUCAGACUGUAA